AUGCGUCCCCUCACAGAAUCGGAAACGCAAACAUUGUUUGCAAAGCUGGCAAACUAUGCCGGCGGCUCAAUCAAGCAGCUCAUCGCACCUCUCGACGACUCCCCCAAUGCGGACCGCUACGUCUUCCGCAUGAUUCGCGACAGAGUCUACUAUGUCCGCUUGUCUGUAGCGAACAUGGCUACCUCUGUCGCUAGAGAUAAGCUGCUAUCUCUGGGUAUUUGCCUCGGUAAAUUCACGAAGUCGGGCAAGUUCCGCCUCCACAUCACUGCACUUCCAGUCCUUGCCGAGCAUGCGCGCUACAAGAUCUGGGUUAAGCCAAACGGCGAGAUGCCCUUCCUCUACGGCGGCAACAUUGUGAAGGCGCAUGUUGGUAGAUGGUCGGAUGACUGCCCCGAGCACCAGGGUGUUGUGGUUUACAGCAUGAACGAUACGCCGCUAGGCUUUGGAGUCACGGCCAGAAGUACGGCCGAAGCGCGGCGUCUGGAUCCUACAGGUAUUACCUGCUUCAGGCAGGCGGAUUGUGGAGAAUACCUUCGAGACGAAGACACGCUCUUUGCUGGUUAA